AAAGCAAAAUUAAGCCCAGAUUCAUCACAUAUUAUUGAUAAAGAAGAAAAACCACAAAAAGCAACUAGCGAUUUAAUACAACACGAGCAAUCAAAAGAUGAAAGCGUUCAUAUUCAGAGUGUAUCGGAUUCUGAUUCACAACAAAGUAUUUUCGAAAGUAACCGCGAUAUUCAAGCACGAGAUAAAGAAGAAAAACAACAAGAAACUAUCAUUGAUAGACUGCAACAAGCUGCUAAUGACACCGUGCAAAAAGUCAUUGAUAACAUUCCUUCGUUUUACUCUAGUCCCGAUCAAGAAAAAACUAAGUUGGCAAAGGAUGUCGAGACGGCGGAAGAAGCUCAGAAAUCAACCAUCGAAGUUGAACCGAAUGAUCAAUCAGAACUACUGAAACAGUCAGAUGUACACGUCGAAACAGUCACAGAUUCAGACUCGUCAGAACAACAGCCAAGUAUAUUUGAAAGUGUUCGACAGACUAUUACUGCUCCACUCACAGCAGUGUCAAACACCGUGCAAAAAGUAGUUGAUAACUUACGGCCAUCUUCUGAUAUUGAUGAACAGACGCCAUCCCUACAAAAAUCUGCUGAAGAAAAUGACCAAGCGAAAUCAUCGCAAAUAUCAAGCUCAAUUGAAGAAAAAUCGGUCGUUGAGGACAAAUCUGAAGCACAACAACAAA